GUGAGGUACAUUCUCUUGUAAAACACAGACAUUUAAAUUAGCCUAAAGUGUCGUGGAAGAGAUCGUUUACAACUUAAUUGGACAUAAAAAGUCAAUAUAGCGUAUAUUUAAUUGACCUAAACCAGGCACCGACAGAGACACCCCGUUUCCCAGAAUGCUUUGUCGCAGCUGCAGGAGUGUCUGAAUAUUGUGCUAGUCUGUUUUUAUAUUUAUGUAGCUAGCUAUAUUUAUUUAUUUAUUAAUCAAGUGUUAACGGAAACAACGAGGCGAGAAUAAAGAAGACGGUAUUGUUGUUUGGAUCUCAGCAAUGCCUCUCUUUACAUCAAAUCCAUUCGACCAAGAUGUUGAAAAAGCUACCAGUGAGAUGAACACAGCUGAGGACUGGGGCCUGAUCCUGGAUAUUUGUGAUAAAGUAGGACAGUCACGCACAGGGCCUAAGGAAUGUCUGCGCUCAGUGAUGCGAAGAGUGAAUCAUAAGGAUCCCCAUGUUGCCAUGCAGGCACUCACACUUCUUGGGGCAUGUGUAUCAAAUUGUGGUAAAAUUUUUCAUCUAGAAGUUUGCUCCAGAGAUUUUGCGAGUGAAGUCAGCAAUGUGUUGAAUAAGGGUCACCCAAAAGUGUGUGAGAAAUUGAAAGCGCUAAUGGUGGAAUGGGCGGAGGAGUUCCGGAACGAUCCACAGCUCAGCCUGAUCUCAGCCAUGAUUAAGAACCUCAAAGAGCAGGGCGUGUCCUUCCCCACGGCGGGGUCCCAGGCAGCAGAACAGGCUAAGGCCAGCCCUGCUUUAGUAGCAAAAGACCCCUCUACCACAGCAACCAAAAAGGAAGAGGAGGACUUAGCUAAAGCCAUCGAGCUGUCCCUGAAGGAGCAGAGGCCUGCCCAGGCCCCGCUCUCCUCCCUGUACCCCAGCACCUCCAGCCUGGCCUCCAACCACAAGCCCGAGGGCAGGAAGGUGCGCGCCAUCUACGACUUCGAAGCUGCUGAAGACAACGAGCUGACCUUCAAAUCGGGGGAGAUCAUCACCAUCCUGGACGACAGUGACCCCAACUGGUGGAAAGGGGAGACGUAUCAAGGCAUAGGUCUGUUCCCCUCAAACUUUGUGACUGCGGACCUCACAGCUGAGCCUGAAAUGAGUGAGUUGAAAACAGAGAAGAAAACUGUGCAGUUCAGCGACGAGGUUCAGGUGGAGACCAUCGAACCUGAACCAGAGCCCGUUUAUAUCGAUGAGGAAAAAAUGGACCAGUUGUUGCAGAUGAUCCAAAGUGCCGACCCCACAGACAAUCAGCCCGACGCCACCGAACUUCUUCAGCUGGAGGGUGCCUGCAAUCAGAUGGGUCCCCUUAUCGACCAGAAACUAGAGGAUAUUGACAGGAAACACUCGGAGUUGUCGGAGCUGAACGUGAAGGUGAUGGAGGCCCUCUCUCUGUACGCCAAGCUGAUGAACGAGGACCCGAUGUACGCCAUGUACGCCAAGCUGCAGAGCCAGCAGUACUACAUGCAGCAGCCCCCCCCUGGCUCCCCACAGGUGUACCCAGGCCAGGCCCCUGCAAUGGGGCCCCUCCCACAGGGCUACAGCCUGCCCCCUGAGCAGCUGCCCUCACUCAACCAGCCGGGACUCCCUUCAAGUCCUGGCCCCGCCCCCGCAAUGGCUGGCCAACCAGCGCCCAGCAUGAUGGUGAAUUCGGCCCCCGCUGGCGCGUACCCUGCCCAGCCCCCCGUGUACAGCCCCCCGCCGGGCAGCAGCGACCCCUCGUACCAGGGGUCUGUAAACGGAGCGGGAGGCCCGCCCCAGGUGCCCAGCUACACGGCGGCCUCACAGAGCCUGCCGCCCGCGUCUGAGGGCCAGCCCCCCAUGUACUCCCAGAAGGCACUGUUGUAGGACCAGGGGCCCUCAGUCCAGGAAAUCCUCCCUCACCAGAACACUGCACUGGAUUGUCAGCGCCCUCCUUCUCCAGCAGGGGGCAGUGGAGAACAGCAGGAUGGGAAGCACACCAGUGUACAGCACACGGCUGGUCUCCACUGGAGAGGGGUGACGUUAGCAGUUUUUUUUUUUUUUUUUUUUUUUUCUGUUUUAAAUGAACACUAUUUACUGGAAGGAUGCUGACUACACUAGCCUAUUUCAUUGUGUAACCAUUGCAAGAUUUUAAGAUUACUAAAGACUCGAUGCCAGUUGCGGUAUGACUGAAUACAAAAAUCCAUGCAUAUAUUGUAUAUAUAACAAGUUUUUGUUUUUGUUCUUGGAAGGUUUAUCUGAUGGCCUUCCCGAGUACAUUAGCAUCUCUACUCAGUGUUAAGUUGAUUUACAUUUCAGUAUAUUUGUAUGAGAUAUAGAUAUGUUUUUUGUAGUGUAUUUUAAUUUAUAUUUGAUUUUUAUGAUCAUUACUAUGAAAUAUUCAUUUUAAUGCACAACACAGUCAGGAAUGUUCUCGGGAUUGAAAAAUACAUUGUGUCUGCAUAAUAUUCUGCCUAAUCCAGUCAUAGAACACUUUUCAUACAAAAAAAAAACCUCAUUUUCAGUGCUGCCACCAGAAAUUGUACAUUGGAUAGACUUGACUAAUAUGUUUUAUGGGCCAUUAACACAGCCUGUUGAUAUGAGUUCUCUGUAGUUUUUAUUUCUUCUGUUUUUUCUUUUAAACAAACCGAGGGACCAGGGAUUCACAGUUUUGCACUUUUGUUGAACUUCCAAGUUGCAACGCAUUAGUCACUGUAGUCUGCCAUCUUCGAAUAAUUCAGGAAAACUCUUAUGAAUUAAGGGUUCCCCCUCCCUUAUCUCGGCGCUGCACGGAAGUCCUCCUUCACUGGACAGUGUUAAAGACUUCCCGUUAUUCCGUGCGAUGCUGUACAUUAGCACUGUGCGGGGCUGCUCUGUCUGCCUCGUCACAUUUUCAGCUCUUCGGCGCGUCUGUGAGUGCCGUACGGGGGCCGUGCUGAGGAUGUCGCUGACACACGUCUGCUGGGUGACCUGCCCGGGGCAGAGACACUUUUCUCCAGUUACCACCCUCUCCACCUUUGCCCCCGGGGCUGUAAAUAGGAGCUCGGAUGCAGUCCUCGUGGAUUAAGCAUUACAUGUUAAUGACCCGGUAGUGUGAGGCUUCUGGAAACAUGCCCAACUCUUUUCAUGUGUGCAUUAAUGGCGAAUGCGCCGAUCACGUUCAUUUACUAUGCGCUAAGACCGGAUCCGAUGAAGUUGAGGCCGGCUUUUUGUUGAAGGAAAACUGACCUUGUGGCUCGAGCUAAAAUGCUGACGUUUUGCAUCAAAGUUGCGGUUUCUGAUGCCGUGUUCCUAUAGUGAAGUGAGACUGACUUAAAAAAGUUUAUUUAGAAAUGGCAGGAUACAACAUUUCCAUAUUACACUACGUUAAAAAAAGCUGGAGUGGAGGAUAGCAUUGUACACUACAUACUACUAGAUGAGUGCCCUUGACACAAGAGUCAUUGUACAGUGACUGCAUAAUGUGGAAUCGGUGCCCUUGAUACUAGAAGAUAGUCUGACUCUAGCUUCAAGUGCUUUUCAGUUGAAGGUGACACAGGUGUAUGGUGGGUGAAUGCCAGACUUAUUCAAUUUUUUUGUUUCACCGGUGCUCUACGUGAUCAAACACUUUAGGUAUAUACAUUAUAUAAAUAUGUAUGUAUACUGUACACUUUUAUUCUAUUUAAAACUUGUUCAUGUGACAAAGGGAAUCCUUUACUGUAGUUGGUUCUUGAUUAGGCUUCAGUUUCAGCCUUGUCUGUUUAGGUACUGAGGACUGGUGGGGUAAAUGUGAUAAUGUUUUUUUUCUUUCUUCUUGCGACCAAGCAAUAGUACAUGUAUGUUGAAAAGAAACCCACCGAAUCUCCAUUCCAGCUCCUGCAUGGAUGUACUUUGUAGCAGAGUGUCACUGGACACUUCCGUGUAAAAACAAAUAUACAAAAAAAAAAAAAAAAGAAGUCAAAAGCAACAGUUGGAUGUUGCGUCCUUUCUUUUUGUACAAGUGAUAUUUAUACAGUAUGUAUGUCAUGUCUCCUUCUCAACCUCCCUCCGUAUGCCAUUCAUCUCUUCAUUUUUCUCAGACUGUAGAAGGUUAAUUAUCUUGCACUAUGUUUCUCUCUUAAAAAAAACCCAAACUGAAAGCAUUGAUUAAUAGGUUCUUAUGUUAAGAGUUGAAUUUGGAACAUGGUAAUUUGCCUGAAUCAUGUAUUGGGCUUCAAUAAAGUAAAUAGAUAUGCACAUUGAAUUGUAUGUAUGUUUCUUCGUAGAUCGUGGGUGAAAAAUUAAUUGGACUUUUUUGUAAUAUUGGCAUCAAUUUGCGCCUUUGUUUCGUUUGUUGUUUAUUUUUUAACUGCAACGAGCUAAUCCACAAUAUUUGAUUAUGAUUUUGUAUAUGAGUUUAGGAAACACAUAUUCAAUGGGCAUGAACAGGUAUCAACACAAGCAUCAACUGAUUCAGAUUAUAUUUUACUAAGAAUAUAUGAUUAGCUGUAGUUAAUUAGGGUUUAUCAAGGCCCAUGAAAUACAGUGUACAGUAUUUAGGAAUAGAUGCUGGUGAUGAACUCUAAAUGCUAACUCUAAUGCUUUUUAGCUGGACUGCUUGCUAGUACAAAACAUAUCCUGGGGUUACUCAAAACAGGGCCAGCAGUGGAACCCCAUUAGCCUACUUGAGUAGAAUCUGAACUGAACUGUUGGGGCAUGAGAAUGGCUCCAUUCCAUAAAAUAAAGCUACACUUUCCAAAA